AUGAAACCCCCACCAGGUCUCAAGCUGCGUCUCAUCGCCGGCAGUCAAGCAAUCUCUACCCGUCGUCUGCUUUUAUUCCUCUCGGGGAUCCUGCUCCUCUCCGUCUCCGCCCUCCUUUUCAUUCCCGCGUCCCUCCUCACCACCGCGGAGCAGUCCGUAAUCGGCCUUGACAUCGCGCACCCACACAUCCCCGACUCAAUCAAGGACCUCAAUCCCUUUAAGCCCACCUCGCACACGCCUCCCCCACCAUCUACCAAUUCUACCGGCUCAAGCGACUCCUGGUUCUCUAGCUGGAAAUGGCUGAAUCCGUUCUCGAGCAAUAUUGCCGUGGGCGACGAGGAGCGUAGUGUGCUGCCGCCAAUGCCGAAGAGGUGUCCGGUGUAUACGUUCUAUGAUUCGGAUGCCAAAGGUGAUGAUGCGGAGGUGGAGGAUCAGCUGCUGCUGGCGUGGAGGCGCGCGUUCUGGGCGCAGGGAUUCCAACCGGUGGUACUGGGAAUGGGAGAGGCCAAGGAGCACGGAUUAUAUAGGGUUAUCAGGGACACAGGGAACUUUCACCCAGACUUUGAGAGGGAGCUCAUGAGGUGGUUGGCUUGGAGCCGUAUGGGUACUGGUGUUCUGGUGGAUUAUAGGGUCAUUCCUAUGGCGCCAUACGACGACCACACGUUCACAGCUCUGCGACGCUGCGACUUCACCUAUGCGACGCGCUAUGAGAACUACGGACACCGAGUUUUCGCCGGCGAUAAGGCUUCAAUCGAUGCGGUGCUAAAGUACAUCACCUCCACCAAAGGGGACAACGGCACCGUGACCAUUGAGGGCGCCACUAAGAUGGCAAACAAUCUUUUCCACAUCGAUUCGUUGCCAAAAUCCUUUGCAGAUUACACCUCCGAGGCAAUCAAGCUCAAGUACCCCAAACUGCAGUUCAGCGAUCUCCCAAAGCUUAUCAAUGCGCACCUGCACGAGAACUGGAUCGCCCGUUACUCAUCUGGGAUUUCCCUUCUUCUCCCCUUCCCGGAAACCCUCGGCGCACUCCACUAUCCUGCUCAGGUUCUUGCAGCACGCCUCGCAGCUUGCCCAGUUGAUAACCCGGAUCCCGAGUCGUGCCCAAGCAAUAAGCAGGACUGCAAACCCUGUAAGAAUGGAUUGAAGGUAACGCCCAGUAAGACCUUCACAAACAAGACAGGCAUCUUCUCCCUCGGCACAAUUCCUCAUCCGUACACGUUUAUCGCCCUCACCAACCCCGAGAUUAACCUCUCCACGGACUCCGAGGAUAAAUCUAUCCGCUUCGUACGCCGGCGCACACAGCGCGAUGAAUGGCUACGCGCUGUGACGACACCCGUGUCGGUUGGGUCGGGCCCGAGAGUCGUGACGAUCAAGGCUGCGACGGCGAACCCAACGUCGACGACAAUCUUGUCGACGAGUGACGCGGGAUUCAAGGAUAUUGAGUGGACGCUAGGCUUUACUCUACCAACAGAGGAGGAGCUGAAGCUUGACCUGCCGAAGCCGGAUGCGCAGCAGGUGAAGGUUCUGGAUACGACGCAUAAGGAUGCGUUUAGCGCCAAAGACGGCGGGAAAAAGAAGCGGCUAAGGAGGGCAGUAGAGGCGUGGAAUCUGGGUGGCACGGAGGUGUGGAAGUUUGGGAGGGCGUACGUUGACCGGAUGGAGAUGGAGCGGAGGAAGUGGAGUGAGGCGGAGAAGGCGUUUGGCAGGGGAGUGGCGAAGAAUGAAUAG